AUGGCGGUGCAGGAUGGUGACAUCAUCAUCGGGGGACUGUUCCCCGUGCACGAGAGUGUGGACCUCCAGGAUGGCUCCAAUGGAGAGCCUUCUAAGAGAGGAUGCACCAGGUAUAACGUAGCUCGGAUGCUCCAGGCCCUGAUGCUGAUUGAGGCCGUGGAGACCAUCAACAACUCCCCGUUGCUAGGCAACCUGACGCUGGGCUACCACAUCCUGGACUCCUGCUCCGAUGUCACCACGGCGCUGGCGGUCACUCAGAGGUUCCUGGAUGUCCACGGCUCUACCUUCUCACUGCAGGAGGGGAAUAGAACAGGCUGGAGCAGCAGUACCCCCUCCACACCAGUAGAUGUCCUCGUAGGGGGAUACCACUCUGAAAUCUCCAUCGCUGUGGCCAGACAUCUCUCCAUCAGGCACAUCCCACAGAUUAGCUACGGUGCCACCACAGGAAUUCUGAGUGACAAAUCUCGCUUCCCCUCCUUCAUGCGCACUGUGCCCGAGGACACCUACCAGACCCAGGCCAUCGUUGACGUCUUAGAGGCCCAUGACUGGACUUGGGUCGGCGUGGUAACCACUGACGAUGACUACGGCCGCUAUGCCUCCCAGCGUUUCCAUGAGCACGCCCAGAGAAGAGGCAUCUGCACUGCCUUCACCGUGGUGCUGCCACCGGGCCCCGAGCUCGCGGCUGCCAUCAGGAGUGUAGUGCGCCACCUGGAGGAUGACCAGAGAGUUGGCGCCAUGGUGUCAUUCGCCAAGCCUGGUCACAUGAUGCGUAUCGCCUGGGAGCUGACUCCAAACGCCACAGGCCGGGUCUGGAUCGCCGGCGACUCCUGGGCGACUUCUGAGCGCAUGCUGGAGGCCGUAACACUCAGCGACCUCGGAGUCGUCCUUGGGGUCACCUUGAGAUCAGCCCGGAGGAUGACUGGCUUCGACAGGUACCUGGAGGGCCUGAACCCUGGCCUUGAUGCCCACCAGCACAACACCAUCCUGCAGGAGUACCUGAGGGGUCAGCCAGGGGGCGACGCCACCCAGCCCCAGCUGGGGGAGGCGUUGAAGAGGAGGGCCCAGCCCUCUGCUGUCCUCAGUGUGGGGUUAGCGGUCAGUGCUGCCGCCCAGGCUGUAGCCAACCUCUGUGCCAACAGAGACUGCAGAGAUGGAAAACACUUUGAACCAUGGGAGGGCAAUAUAGUGUCCAAGUGUGCAGAGAGUUGUCCAGUGGGGUACAGGAGACUGCCACAGAGAGGACAGCCCAUGUGUUGCUACGAGUGCACAAGAUGCCCCAAAAACACUUUCAGCAAUGAAACAGAUGCGCACGAGUGCCUCAAGUGUGGCGUGGACCAGUGGUCUGACGUGGGCAGCUGCGCGUGUACGGACAAAACGGUGCUCUUCUUCGACUGGAGCGAGCCCCUGGCCGUGGUGCUGCUGUGCUGGGCGGCGCUGGCCAUGGUGCUGACGCUGCUGGUGCUGCUGGUCUUCCUGGACCGCUGGAACACCCCCGUGGUCAAGGCCUCGGUGCGGCCCAUCUCCGUGCUCCUCCUGCUGUCCCUGCUGGGCAAGUUCGCCAGCGUGGUGCUGUUCGUGGGCAGGCCCACGGACGUCCAGUGCCAGGCGCGCCAGGUGCUGUUCGGACUCAGCUUCACCCUGUGCGCCUCCUGCGUCCUGGCCAAGUCCCUGAAGAUCGUCCUGGCAUUCCAGCUGGGGCCCACCAUGAAGAGGGUCGUGGCUAAACUCUACCAGCCCUACCUUAUCGUGGUGGUCGGCGUGUCCGUCCAGGUGGCCAUCUGCAGCACCUGGCUGCUGCUCGGCCCGCCCCACGCCACCCUCGUCGCCCGCGGCGACCGUGAGCUGGUGCUCCAGUGUUCCGAGGGCCGCGUGCUGUUCUUCGGCGUGAUGCUCGGCUACGUGGGCCUCAUCGGCGUCCUCUGCUUCCUCAUCGCCUUUAAGGGACGCAAGCUGCCCGACAACUACAACGAGGCCAAGUUCAUCAGCUUCAGCAUGCUCGUCUACCUCAUCUGCUGGGCCGUGUUCGGGCCCGUGUAUGCUGCCCAGGCCGGGGUCAGCGACGGGGGUGGCAAUUGGGGCGGCAACGGGACCGGGUCCGGGACUGGAGCCAGCGUGCUGCUGCCGGGCGUGGAGAUGACGGUGAUCCUCAUGUCCUCCUGCGCCGUGCUGUUCUGCCACUUCAUCCCCAAGUGCUACGUCAUCCUCUUCAGGAGCAGGUGCAACACGCGCGAGGUCUUCAGCCGCAAGCUGUGGGAGUUUGUGCGGCACAACUCAGAGGCAGGCGGCGACGAUGACGACAACAAUCCUUCCAAGGGUUUCCACAACGUCUCCCGCAGUGCCUCGCUCGACAGCGGUUUUGAGGGAGGAGGACCUCCGAGUACCAGCAGCACUACUAGGUCCCAAAGCAUCUCUUCGGCCACCACCAAUGACAACGAUCGGCCCAGCGGAUUCCACCAUGUCCCCCGCAGUGGUUCUCUUGAUAGUACGCUGAGCGGUUUUGACGGAGAACCACCUCAGAGUAGCGGCUCUGAGUUGGACUUGGAGGAGAGCAUCUCUGUGCCCAUCAUCACCGAUGACAACGAUCAGCCCAAACGCUUUCACAGCCACAGCGUAUCACACAGUGGCUCGCUUGAUAGCACGUUCAGUGUAGCCUGA